AUGAAAGCUUUUGAUGAUUUGCUAGGUGAAAAUGGUGCUCUGCUAACACACCAGCGAAAUAAAUACCAUCAAUCAGCUGUCGAAGCCGGGAAGAACUUUUUAUUAAAUUUCCACAAACCGGAAAUGAACAUAACAAACCAACUAGACAACCAAAAACUAAAGCAAAUUAAUGAAAACAGAGAACGAUUAAGGCCAACGAGGCAUGCAAUUUUUAAGUUAGAACUUGGAGCUGCCAUGCAAGGUAUUUGUGAAACACGCUGGGUAGAAAGGCAUGAUGGGCAUCUUCAGUUUCAAGGGGACAACUUAAUCAAAAUUUGUAGCGCUCUGGAGAAGAUUUCUGCUUGGCAAGAUAAUAAAACUGCCAAUGAUGCACAUUGCUUGCUGCAAACAUUACGCAGUUCUGACUUUAUAAUAUCUUCCAUCUGCUUAAGUGAUGUAUUAGGUACUACUGUAUCUUUAAGCAGAAUUCUGCAAUCGAGCUCGAUUGAUUUGAAAAAAGCUACAGAUGCUUUUAAUGACACAUUAAGGGUUCUGAGAAAUAAAAGAGAAAAUGUGGACGAAAUCUUCCAACAGCUGUUUGAAGAAGCUAAAGAAGUAGCUGAGCAGUUAGAUAUAGAUAUUAAAUGUCCGAGAUUAGUACCAAAACAGAUACAUAGAGCCAAUAAUCAAUCUGCUCAGUCUGCUGGAGAUUAUUUCCGCCGAGCUGUUUAUAUUCCUCUUUUAGAUUCAAUAAUCAGCGAUCUCCAGGACCGCUUGUCUCCUGAUGUACUUAAUUUAUUUAAGCUGAAUGUUUUUAUGCCAAAAACCGAACAUAACAAUAAAGACAUUGAAGCUGUAAGACAACUAGCUAACGACCAUAAACUGUUACUAGAUAACACUCCAGUGUCUAUUAUUGUAAAUGAAUAUAGGCUGUGGAUGGUGAAGUGGCAGUCCUGGCAGCAAACUCAGGAUACACCGCAAUCAAUAUCUGAGGUUAUUACAAAUUGUGACAUUGAUAUGUAUCCUAACAUAAGAAAAUUCCUACAAAUUAUAGCUACACUACCUGUCAGUGUGGCUACAGCAGAAAGGUCUUUCUCUACGUUGCGUAGAAUAAAAACAUGGAUAAGAUCUUCAAUGGCGGAAGAUCGUUUGACAGGACUGGCACUUCUCCAUGUACAUAAAAAUAUAGCGAUUGACGUCGAUGAUGUUUCUUAA